UGAGUUCUUCCCAAGAAGACAACGGCCAAGUAGCGCAGCUUGAUCGGUCGAUCGCACCUCCUCCGCCGCCCGCCCGCCCGCCCGCCCGUCCGCCGCCGUCGGGAGCCGCCUAGUCAACUCUCUUCCUCGCCCCGCGCCUUCUCGCGGCGUCGUUUCCCUCCGGCGCAGGAACGAGGAUUCAUCCGGACUAAGAUCAGGCGAAGCAACGGAUAAGGAUCGGCAGCGAUUCGAACAUUCCUCCAGCUUCAACCUGCGGCGAGAUUAAGCUCGAUCGAUGGCCGGAGCCGCCCUCCCCGCGGCGGAGCUGACCACCAGCGGCCGCCCGAUCCUCCUCCCCGGCGAGAUCGAGUGCUCUCUCCUCUCCAACGUCGAGCUCGAACCCGAAGGCUCGCCGCCGCCGCUUAGCUCCUCCAUUCACCUCAGGUCGUCCUUCUUGAUCCUCACGACUCACCGCCUCAUCUUCGUCUCCGAUUCCUCCGCCGCCGCCGCCGCUGCCAAGGCCGCCUCCUAUGUCCCCCUCUCGUCCAUUACGCGCAUAUUCUCGCUGAAGAAAUCGAUCAAAUCGAUGUUCGCGUCGCCGCGGCUCAAGUUCCAGCUGUCCGUGGGCUCGGACGGGCGAGUGGGCGGCUCGGCGAUGAGGUCGCUCGUGGUGACGCUGGUGAUGAGAGGGAAGGAUGACGUGGAGGCGUUUGUGGACAAAUUUAGGCAGAAUUGGGGCGCUAGGGCUUGGGAGAGAGAGAAGGAGAGCGAGAGCGCGAGUUCAGGGUCGAGUUUAAUUGUGGAGUCGACUGCCAGUUCGAGCGGGUAUGAUUCGAGAGGAAUGAGAGUGGUUGGGGUGGCAGGGAUACUGAGGAGAGAACAGGAGAUGUGGGAGAGCACUGAUAAGAGCUUGCAAGAGGCUUUCCAGGACUUGAAUGCACUCAUGAGUAAAGCAAAAGAGAUGGUGAUGCUAGCUGAGAAAAUGAGGUCAAAACUUUUAUCUGCCCCAUCUCAAGCUGGAUCAUCCAAUGACGAGGAAUUGGGUUCAAAAGAAGAAAUACAGGAUUGGUUGUUGAGUGUUGGUAUUGUAUCUCCAGUUACAAAAGAGUCGGCCGGUGCUUUGUAUCAUCAACAAUUAUCCCGGCAGUUAGCAGAUUUUGUGAAGAUUCCUCUUGAGAGGUCUGGAGGAAUGAUUAAUCUAAUAGACAUGUACUGCCUUUUUAACCGGGCUCGGGGCACAGAACUGAUCUCUCCAGAGGAUCUGUUGCGAGCAUGUUCUCUGUGGGAGAACUUUAAUGCUCCUGUAAUGCUUCGGAAGUUUGAUAGCGGAGUAAUGGUUAUCCAGAAUAAGUCCCACAGCGAUGAAGAGGUUUUUGCUAGAAUCAAGUCUCUCAUAACGCAGCCCGAUGCCCUUCAGAUGGGUGUAAGUGCUGGUGAUGCUGCCAUGACCCUAGGGAUGGCUCCAGCAAUGGCCAAGGAGCACCUCUUAACUGCUGAAAGCCGAGGUUUAUUAUGCCGAGACAUAAGCCCUGAUGGCUUUCGUUUCUACAUUAAUCUAUUUCCUGAGAUUCGUACAGAUGACAUUUACCUAGUGAAAGAUCAGGGAAUCUAUGCUACAUGGAUCGAGUGUGCAUCUUCUACUUCUAGGCAAGACACACUUCUUCUAUCUCUUUGAUCUUUGGUGGAAUUGUAUAUGAUAUCGAACUCGGGUUGCAGCAAACAUCACAGAAAUGAGGUUGAAAUUGUAUUGUUUUCUUUUACU